AUGAAACCUAAUUAUCGCAAUCAAUCAAACCAACCGUAUUCGGGAGCUUCAGGAGCAUACCGAAGAGCGGGAAACUCUCCAAGAGGAAAAUUUUCAAGAAAAAGAUCGGGACCAAGACCUCCGCCGUGGGCAGAUAAACCUCGCGGUCGUUAUUAUAGAUCGCCUAAAAAAUCCAGUAGCUCUACUUCGUCUUCUAAACUUUCUGGAAUACAACUUAUGGUGGCUUUAAACGAUUAUCCGAAGCUUGUAAUGACCGACGAUCAGUUAACUCUAUUGGAAGAUCAAAUAUUGGAAGCAAUCGAUAGAAUUGAAGAUGCUAAUUUCAGACCGCAAUUUUUGGAUUGCAAAAGAGAAACUGGUUCUUUAUUAGUACGAUGUAACAACGAUUCCACUGUUUCUUGGUUAAAAGACACGGUACCGACUCUAAAUUUAUGGGAAGGAGUAGAAUUAAAAAUAAUCGAUUCGGUACCAACGACAAAAGACGUUUCCAAAGUAAUAGUACCAGUGAAUUACCCUUUGAACUUUUUCACAACGGAACAAUUAGAUAAAUUACAAACUGAUAUUCUGAAAGAAAUCGAUAAGAUCCCGAUUGGAAGCUUCAUGCCUCAAUUCAUAAGUUGUAUCAAAGAUCGAGGAGCGUUAAAAUUCAAUUGCAACAAUUUACCGAGUUCCGAAUGGUUAAAAACGACCAUACCGACUUUGGAAAAUUGGCAAGACGUGGAAAUGUUGAUCUUAGAUCCUGAAGCGAUACCGGUAAGGAGUACUUUACAAUUAUGGAUUCCGGGACCCGUAGAAGAACCAGAUCAAGUACUAGAAAGAUUGGAACGGCAAAAUAAAGGAUUAAAUACGCAAGAUUGGCAAAUAUUGAGUAAAAGCGUAGAAGAAGGCGGUCAAAAAUUGUUUGUUACAGUGGACGAUUCAGUUUUAGACGCACUAAGAAAAAUCGAUUUCAAUCCUUUCUUGAAUUUCACCAGAGUUAAAAUUAAACGUUUAGGUCGAUAUAAACCUCGUCAACAGAAGAACGACGAUAAAAACGAAGGACCCGAUACGGCGUACAUCGAUUCUAAAGAAGAAAACGAAGAUCCGAUGUCUGGGGAUAUCGGUGAAUUUACAGCCAUAGAUGAGGUAACUGGAGAUGCAGAUACAGAAGAAACUACCGUUAAAAAGGAAGAAAAUUAAAUAGGACCGUAAUUCAAAAAAAUAUCGAGGAGUAAACCUCUUUUUAUUAAAAAAUCCCCAUUACUAAGGUGUAAGUAAAUCGUGCCAAUAGUAUGAAAGGUGCUGGGGUUACAAGUACCGUAAACGAUACCCUUGGGAAAUCUGGCGUAAUCCCAUUGUAUAUUAGCCUUGCUCCUGUACGCGGGGCUCUGCAGGAGUCGACCAUUUUCCCUAGCUACUCGUGGGACUACUUAUGGAUAGACAUAGUUUUAAUUCGAAUAUGCCCGCAUAUUCCGGAAGAUAUAAUAAUAAUAAUAAUUCAUCGUACUCACAAUAUUCGAGAUCGUCGUCGCAAUCGUACGACAGAAAUUUUAAUUCGCCUUUUCAGUCUCAACAGAGAUAUUCCGAUUCGAAUAUAUCAUUUCAAAAACCCAACAACUUUUCAUCUCAAAGAUCCGUAUGGAAUACUAAUAUCACAAAUUCGAUACCGUCGUUAUUUUCUCAACCUACCA